AUGGCGACCCAAACCAUGACUCUGCGGACGCAAGUCAAGGUAGGGAAGAAUGAGAAACUCCCUCCCGAGAACGAGAGAUUUGCCGCCGCGUGCGUUGACAUCGCGAAUGUGCUCAUACAAGAGUACGAUGCUCUACAUGAUGACACGAAGCCGAAGAAAGACAUCAACCUCAACAGCCUCCGUGGCCAGGUUGCGAAGAAGCACAGACUCAGCCAGCAGCCUCCACUAACUGCAAUCCUUGCUGCCGUUCCUGAGAACUACAAGAAAGCCGUCGGCGCCCGACCAGUCCUACUCGUCGAAUCCAAGAGCACAUGCCACUACACGAUCGAAGCACAUGUGAGUGCAGGCGCCGCGUGUAUAGUGGAAGAGACGUUCGAAGAAAGACACCUGGAAGCACUCGGGCGACCUGAAGUCGAUGGAGUCGUCGAUGCUGUUUUUGUAACGACGCCUUCUAGCAACCCGCUCGCGGCGCACAUAUCACACCUCUGCAAGAGGCGGCGUAUACCCGUGAACGUUGUCGAUGCACCAACGUUAUGCACAUUCACACUGCUGUCAACGCAUUCGGACGGGCCACUACAAAUCGGUAUAACCACGUCAGGUCGUGGCUGCAAACUGUCUUCGCGUAUAAGACGUGAGAUCUCUGCUAGCCUGCCGGCAAAAUUCGGCGAUGCGAUUGACCGGCUCGGGACCAUGCGCAGACGCAUCUGGGAAGAAGACUACAGAUCACAAGCUGCAGCACAUGCGAAGCCUCAACCAGAAUUAGAAGAGGAAGAAGUGGGUCAAUCGCACAAGCUGAACCAGCUGAUACUAGAGGAUGACACAUCGGCGACAACGUUGCGAACACGGCGGAUGAGGUGGCUGACGCAAAUAUGCGAAUACUGGCCCCUCUCGCGCCUCGCCGCGAUAUCAGAUGAGGACGUGGAUGCAAUUCUAGAUGCAUACAAAGCACCUCAGAACGCUAUCGGCCCAGCAGACCACGUCUCAAUCCUGCCAGGUGUGCCGUCGCCCAAAGGCACCAUCACAUUGGCUGGCUCUGGACCUGGUCAUCCCGGCCUGCUCACACGAGCAGCCUUUUCUGCUAUAGAGACCGCCGACUACAUUCUAGCCGAUAAGCUAGUGCCUGCUGAGAUUCUUGCGCUCAUCCCGCGUCGCACGCCGGUCCAUAUCGCCAGAAAGUUCCCUGGCAAUGCAGACGCAGCCCAAGAAGAGAUGUUACAGCUUGCCAUCACGGCGCUGGCCCAAGGCAAACAUGUGUUGCGGCUCAAGCAGGGCGAUCCGUACUUGUACGGCCGUGGCGCGGAGGAAGUGGCCUUCUUCCGAGACCGAGGUUUUCGAGCUCGCGUCAUUCCAGGCGUGACAAGUGCGUUGUCUGCGCCACUAUUCGCUGAGAUACCCGUGACGCAUCGCGCGGUCGCUGACGAGGUCGUUGUGUGCACCGGCACCGGAAGGAAGGGGGCUGCUCCCGAGCCACCAGAGUACAAGGCGAGUCUCUUGGUGGUUGGGAGAGCUUGCCAAGUGUUACACGAAUUAGACGACGGCAAACGAUGGAUUACAGAAGAAGGGUUCCGAGGCUUGGACGAGGUCAGCGUAUCCGCUGGCUUUGAUGUUCUCCGAGAGCUUACUGAGGAUACUAAGAAGACGAGUAACGACAUUCCGAUACCCAAGAUACAAGCGAUCGGUCCACAGCCUAUUGUGGCCAACGCAGCAUAG